CUGGAAGAACCCAGGUGAGCUUAUAAUGUACCGAAGGACACAAGACCAGUGCACUCGUCUGCGUUCUGGCUUGUGUUUGUGUUGUCCCGCUGUGGCUUAGAGAAAGAAAAUGAAGCUAACUCUAAUUCUCUUAGCGGCGGUCUUCGCCACCACCUGCGCUCAGGAUUUUUCGGGGUUACAGGCGCUGUUCCAACAAGCAGUCGGGGGGCAGUCGGGAGGAGGCGGGUCGUCGGCGGGGAAGCCGAAUAGACCUAACAGACCGAAUAGGCCUUCUGGAGGUGGAUUCGGUCAGCAGGGAGGUGGAUUCGGUCAGCAAGGUGGAUUUGGACAGCAAGGAGGUGGAUUCGGUCAGCAAGGUGGAUUCGGUCAAGGAGAUUCGGUCAGCAAGGAGGUGGAUUCGGUCAGCAGGGUGGUGGUUUUGGUCAGCAAGGAGGUGGAUUUGGACAAGGUGGCAGUUUUGGCCAAAGCGGAUUUGGACAAGGACAAGGGGGCCAGGACUGCAAAUUAUACUGCAGGAGAGGAAAUGGCUAUGUAUGCUGCUAAAGAAAAAAAAAAAUGAAAAAAGAGAGAGAGAGAGAAAAUAAAACUUCCGGCGAAUCUGAUGAUUUCAACAAACUUCAGACGUAAAAUAAAAAUGACCUGAGUUUGAUUGGAACAACUUGGCAGAUAGAUUAACAUGUGGCUAAACCUUUUGACGCUGUAAUCCUAAAUUCUUUGGAGAAGUGCUAACGUUUGUGUGAUGUGUUUACGUUUUGAGAGAUAACACCGAAAUUGUAUGUAAUCAUUUAUUGACUGUAACGGGAAAAAAAUAUAUUUGGCAUAUAGCUUACUAAA